AUGGCCCCUGCGCUGCUCCUGGUCCCUGCUGCCCUCGUCUCCUUCGUUCUGGCCUUUGGCACUGGAGUGGAGUUCGUGCGCUUUACUUCCCUCCGGCCACUCCUUGGAGGUGUCCCAGAGUCCGGCCCGGAUGUCCGCCAGGGAUGGUUGGCUGCCCUGCAGGACCCCAGCAUCCUUGCCUCUCUUGCUUGGGAUCUAGGGCUCCUACUUUUAUUCAUGGGGCAGCACAGUCUCAUGGCAACUGAGACCGUGAAGGCAUGGUCAUCCCGCUACUUUGGGGUCCUGCAGAGGUCACUGUAUGUGACAUGCACUGCUCUGGCCUUGCAGCCCCUCAUCCUUCCCCAGCUGGUGAUGCGCUACUGGGAAUCCAUACCCAGAGGUCCUGUGCUGUGGGAAGCUCGAGCAGAGCCAUGGGCCACCUGGGUGCCCCUCCUCUGCUUUGUGCUACACAUCAUUUCCUGGCUCCUCAUCUUCAGCAUCCUUCUUGUCUUUGACUACGCAGAGCUCAUGGGCCUCAAACAGGUAUACUACCAUAUUCUGGGGCUUGGAGAGCCACUGGCCUUGAAAUCCCCUCGGGCUUUGAGGCUCUUCUCCCAUCUGCGCCACCCAGUAUGUGUAGAGCUGCUGACUGUGCUGUGGGUGGUGCCUACCCUGGGCACUGACCGCCUCCUCCUUGCUCUCCUCCUCACCCUGUACCUGGGCUUGGCUCAUGGAUUGGACCAGCAUGACCUUCGAUACCUCCGGGCCCAGCUGCAAAGAAAACUCCACCUGCUCUCCCGUCCCCAGGAUGGGGAGGCUGAAUGA